UAGCGAUGGGAGAAGGGAAAGGGCGGAGGGUAACCACCACCCUAGACCCGCCCCACCCGGGGCCUAGCUCCUCUACUCACAGCGUCAAAAGGAGGGAGCGAGCUAGCGUCCUCAGCGUCUACGGCGGCGCCGGCUUGCCCUUCGCCCUCCGCCGCGCGAGUCCAUUGGCCACUGGCGGCUGCUCUCACGUGGGGCGAAAGAGCGCCCCUCAUUGGCCUCUGCCUGGGGGCGGGGCUAGAGAGCGCCUGGACCUGGGCAGUGUAGGGCUCAAGGGCCGGCUCCUGGGGCUUGAGGCAGGGGAGGAGGCGCAGGCGAUGGUGCCAGCGCUACGUUACCUAGGCAGUGUCUGCGGACUGGCCCGCGGGGGGUUUCCCGGGGGCUUCUCCGCGGCGUGCACGCCCGCGCCGGGGAAGCCCUGGCUGUUGUGCCAAGGUGGCCGCAGAGCCAGCACCAGCUCAUUUGAUGUAGUCAUUAUUGGUGGCGGAAUUGUGGGGCUUGCCUCUGCCAGAGCACUCAUCCUGCGACAUCCAGCUCUUUCCAUUGGUGUUCUGGAAAAGGAGAAAGAUUUAGCUAUUCAUCAGACUGGACAUAACAGUGGUGUCAUACAUAGUGGAAUUUAUUAUAAACCUGAAUCCCUGAAAGCUAAGUUAUGUGUACAAGGCGCAGCCCUCAUCUAUGAGUACUGUAACCAAAAGGGAAUUUCCUACAAGCAAUGUGGCAAGCUUAUAGUAGCUGUUGAACAAGAAGAAAUUCCCAGACUUAAGGCCCUGUAUGAGAGAGGCCUGCAGAAUGGUGUCCAGGACCUGAGGCUGAUCCAGCAAGAGGACAUAAAAAAGAAGGAGCCAUAUUGUAGGGGUCUAAUGGCUAUUGAUUGUCCUCAUACUGGCAUUGUGGACUAUCAGCAGGUGGCUUUGUCAUUUGCCCAGGAUUUCCAAGAAGCAGGUGGCUCUGUUUUGACCAGUUUUGAAGUAGAAGAUAUUGAAAUGGCUAAAGAAAGUCCUUCAAGAAGUAAAGAUGGGAUGAAAUACCCAAUUGUUAUAAGGAAUACAAAGGGAGAGGAGGUUCGAUGUCAGUAUGUUGUGACAUGUGCAGGACUUCACUCAGACCGUAUUUCCGAGUUGAGUGGCUGCAAUCCCAAUCCGCGAAUUGUACCAUUCCGGGGAGAUUACCUGCUCUUGAAGCCAGAAAAACGCUAUCUUGUAAAAGGGAAUAUUUAUCCAGUCCCAGAUAGCCGAUUUCCUUUCCUAGGAGUUCACUUCACACCAAGGAUGGACGGCAGUAUUUGGCUAGGGCCGAAUGCAGUUCUUGCCUUUAAACGAGAGGGUUACAGACCCUUUGACUUCAGUGCCAGAGAUAUUAUGGAUAUAAUUAUCAAGAGUGGCUUGAUUAAACUGGUGUUCCAGAAUUUUUCCUAUGGAGUUAAUGAAAUGUACAAAGCCUGUUUUCUCAGUGCAACAGUGAAGCACCUUCAAAAGUUUAUCCCUGAAAUUACUAUCAGUGACAUACUUAGAGGUCCAGCUGGAGUAAGAGCCCAAGCCCUGGAUAGAGACGGAAAUCUCGUAGAAGAUUUUGUAUUUGAUGGAGGAGUUGGGGAUAUCGGAAAUCGCAUUCUUCAUGUGAGAAAUGCACCUUCCCCUGCUGCCACUUCUUCCCUUGCAAUUUCUGGAAUGAUUGCAGAUGAAGUACAACAGAGAUUUAAAUUGUAGAUAAUGAAAGGAGCUAGGUAUGCAUUUUAAUCUCCACAUUCAGCAACAAGAAUGUACUAACUACAUUCUUUAAGUUUCAUUUAAGAAAAAUGGUUUAAAAUGUCAUUUUAGAUAACCACUGAAUAUUUUAAAUUAUGUAAUGUGGAAAUAAUGAUUUUUUAAAGUCCAUGCUCUUUAAAAAGGUACAGUUGUAUCUGUCCUGAAUUCUUGACUUUGUUAAUGACCUGUCCUCACCAACCAUGAUCUAGAGAUUUGGCUUUUUUUGGAAUUUCUGGGAACUAUAGCAUGAAAAAGUGAUUAUUCCCCUAACUUUUUGGCUUUAUAAUAUCUAAGCUUUUUUGUCUUUCCUAGACAAGAAAAUAUAUUGUAGGUUGCAAACCUUUUAAUUUUGAAGAGUCAUAGAAAAGCUCACAUCAUUUAGAGCAACAGUAUUUGUAUUUGGGAAUUUAAAAUUGUUGAUUCAAAUACAUGAAAUUUCACAUUUUGAAGUAGUUUGAAUAAGAUUCUGUCUUAUCUACAUUUGUAAGAAAUAACUUUGCAAAAGAAACUCAAAGCAUUUAUUAUUCCCAGUUUCUUUAUAAUUCACUUGGUCUGGUGUCAUCCCUAAAUCUAAACAGCAGUCCACAAUGAGUAUUUUGCUUACUCUUCAGUCUUCUGUGGUUGAGAAACUAAAAGAACUUAGAAUCCUGACACUGAGAUACAGAACUUUGUAAUUUAAAAUAGUAUUUAUCUCUUAUAUCUCUGUUCUUCAGUCAUACCAAGGUUCUCAGAUGUUGGCCAAGAUCACUAAUGAUUCAUGCCUACUUGACUUUUCCAGAAUCCUAUAAACCUUUAUGAGGAUGUUUCUUCAUUUUGGGGAAAUACCUAAUUUUGAGGCAUUCACUUUUGUACACCGCAAAAGUGCCUUACAAUCAUGUGUAUUUCAUGAGUAUUUUAAAUUGUUGCCCAGUGCCAUACCGUAUACUAUGUACUAUAUAUAUACGUGUGUGUGUGGUAUCUGUUGAAAUGAUUCUUGCAAUUCAGAAUGUUGGAAAAUAGAAAUAUAAAUGAAAAUAUGGUAUAAUAUGGGGAAACUUAUUGCAGAACCACCAUUUAGGUGAGAAAUUUUCAUCCAUUCCCUCACAUAUGCUCUCUCUGGAAUAAUCUUCCAGUCUUCAUUUUUUCUUUCCUCUCGUCUCUCCAAAACUGUGUGAUGGAUGAGUCAGAAAGAUGAGCAUUUUGGUUGAUAGCAAAACUUACCAGUUUUCUUCCUUUUCACUUCAAGCCAACGAUUACAUUGAUUGAGCUACCUCAUCAGUUAAUUUGAAAGGCUGCAUACACAUCAUCAGCUCAUGUUACAGAAUAGCACAUCUCAGGUGAAUAGAUCAGACAGUUCUUCAGCACUUGGGAUGAGAAUACUGAAAGCAGUUGGAAAGUAUUCACAGAGGAAGCAAGCCCUAAUGGUUCUUCAUAACAACUGAUUCUUCCAAGAAAUGUGAUGCACAGGGUAUUUUCUGUUUCAUUGCAAGACUAUUAAGAGAUGGAAAAUAUUACAAUUCUCUAUUUCAUUAACAGUAAGAUUCCAUAUACACUAAGCUGUGAAAGACUGAAGUUAUAAAAAUAACUACCCUAAUUAAAGCAACCCCCAUUCCAUUUGGGUCUUUACUAUACCCCAAAAAAUACAAGUGAAAAAAUGAUUGAAAGCGUUUUGAAUGUAGAUUAUUCUAUUUGUAAAACGUUUUUAUUUAUGUCAAUAGAGUUUUGUUGUGGAAUAAUGCUAUAAUAUUUAAAAGUUUUGUGUAUUUCUAAGAGAGAAGAAUUGUAUAUUAAUAUUAAAAAUAUUUUAAUGAA